AUGAACAGACAAUGCAUCAUCUCUGAGCCGUUCAGACGAGAACACAAGCGCAAGAGAUUGUCUGAACUUGAGCAUCGGACGGAUGAGCUCCAAGAGCGCCUGAGAUCGUCCAGCCACCAGGCCGAACCGCCGGUGUCUCUGCCACAGUCGUCUUGGGCCGCUGUCAACGACUUGCGAACUGCUAAUGCCGAGUCCGAAAGUCGUCUUGCUUCAGUCGCCCCUUUCUUUAGAGACGCAGCCAUUGCCCCAGUCUCGUUUCGAUCCUUCUCUCAAGCGGCCGCUGAAUCACUACAGACUCCGGAAAGUCUCGCUCAUGACUUUCAACCUACAGGCACCUUACCGCGGUCUCUGGAAGGGCACACUGUGGACUCCAAAGAUAUUGACGCCAUGUUCCAGCUGUAUUUUCGAGACUACGCCGGCCUGGUUCCUGUUCUCGAUUCCAACAUGACGCCGAAUGGAUAUUACAACCUCUGUCCAUUGCUUUUCUGGGCGAUUGUUGGUGUCGCAUGCCGGACCUAUUCGAGAAACCCGACACUGAUCUCUGUUCUCCCGUCCAAGAUCAAAGCUAUGGCAUUGAUGUCGCUCAAUGCGCCUGUCACGCUGCCCGUCGUGCAAGCCUUGCUACUCAUCCUAUAUUGGCCAUUCCCGAAAGCUGGCAACGGACACGACAUGACCUAUCCGCUCUCUGCUGCCGUGCUACACAUGGCCAUGCAAAUCGGAUUACAUGUGCCAGUCGCAAGUCACGAGUUCAGCAAAAUCCCGGUCAAACUUACCGAAGACGAGCUGAAGAUUCGCGCCGAGACUUGGGGAUACUGCACUCUUGUCUAUCAGCGGGGUUGUUGUUCCAAGGGAAGCGCGCCGACGCCUAUGCUUGAUGUCCCCCACGAUGUCGAACAGCGACGAGCACUCUUUCAGAGAAUAUCACCAAAGUUAAAAUUUGAAUUGAAGUUACAGGAUGUAGUCACGAGGUGCUGCAUUGCCGUCUCACAAAAUGGGCUCUGGAAAAUGAGUCCGGAUCAAGAGAGGUCGCUGGAUACGCUGCUGAAUCUCUUUCAAGCCCAGAUUUCCAGUGUCGCAUUGGAAUCCUCUUCUGACCUCGACCAGCUCUACAUUCAUAUUGCAACCCUCACGAUCCAAGCCUUCAACUUGUACAAGUCUCCGACAGCUCACGACCCGACUACGCUUUACGAUCUUUGCGCGUCGUGCUGUCAGGUGAUUGAAUCCUUUGACAACUUGGACAGAUCUGGACAGCUUUGCCUAUCUGGUGCGGGACUGUAUUUCUUCUACAGUCUGAUGAUAACCAGCCACGUACUUUUGCGGCUGCUCAAGACUUCUCUCAAUCGAUACAUCGACGUCGAGAGGGCCAAAAAUGCCCUUUUCCUGGGGAUCAGCCUCCACAAACGCAUGUCGGUCCAGAACGAUGACCUGCCAGCUCGCAACGGUGUUGCCUUGACCCAACUCUGGAACAGUAGUCGUGUGUUCAAGAGACCCAAUGGAGCCGAAGUGGUAGCGCUGCGGAUCCGUAGCCGCCUAACUGGUAGCGUCGUCUUGGACGGUAUUGUCUGGUGGCGGGAAGAGUUUGGGGGCUUUAUGGGUGUCUAUCCGCCGCCCUUGAAUGAUACUCGGACAGAUGGCGCAGAAGCCGCCAACGAAUCCGACGCGGCUGCCCCGGAUGAUCGCUCGGUACCGGUGAUAACGAAGCCUGAUUACUCGACCUUCCUGGACGAUCCGAUGCUGACCGAGUUUGGCUGGCCUGUCACGGACGACGUCUUCUCGUCGAUAUGGACCGAUGGUCCAAUUGCCACGAUAUGA